AUGGCAAAGUCAACAGCACUGGCGACGACGGCUGACGCCUCGAUCCCGUUUAACCCGGAUCAGACGCUCAAAGCUAGCAAAGCGCUUGUUGCGCACAUCAAGAAGUCCGCCGCGGAACCUCGUGAAGACGGCAAGCAGAACCUGCUCGCGACCGAGGAGUCCACAAUUGCUGAGACACCCAUCUGGCUUACUCUUACUACCAAGAAGCACAUCCAUGACUCGCAUCGCCUACAGCCAGGGAAAAUUGUGCUUCAUAACCCCCUCAACACCGGCGAAGAGCUUAGCGUCUGCCUAAUAACAGCCGACCCCCAGCGGUGGUACAAGAAUGCGGUAGCUGACGAGUUCCCGGAGGAGCUACGGGCCAAGAUCGGGCGGGUAAUCGACAUCAGCCAUCUCCGGGCCAAAUUCAAGGCCUACGAGGCGCAGCGCAAGCUAUUCGCCGAACACGACGUUUUCCUCGCCGACGACCGCAUCAUCAACCGCCUCCCCAAGGCUCUCGGCAAGAGCUUCUACAAGACGACCGUCAAGCGGCCGAUCCCCGUGGUCCUGAUGGCGGCGCGGGAUAAAGUCGACGGCAAGCGGGUGCCGGCGCCCAAGGGCAAGAAGGCGAAGCGCGACCCGGUGGAAAAUGUCAAUGCCCGGCCGAUCCCGCAGAUCGUGGCGGAGGUGGAGAAGGCGAUUGGCGCUGCGCUGGUGCAUCUCAGUCCGACGACCAACACGGCUGUUAAGGUUGGGUAUGCUAGCUGGGAACCGGAAAAGAUUGCGGAGAAUGUCGAUACCGUGGCGCGUGAACUGGUCGAGCGGUUUGUCCCGCAGAAGUGGCAGAACGUGCGCAACGUGUACAUCAAGGGCCCCUCCACGGCUGCGCUGCCCGUGUACCAGACGGAUGAGUUGUGGCUGGAUGAUUCCAAGGUAGUGGCCGAGGGUCAGCAGCCGGGCAGUGCGCUUCCGGGGAAGAACCAGAAGGCGAUUGGAGAGAAACCCAACGUUGGGCGGAAGCGCAAGUCACUGGGUGGAGAGUCAGAGCCGGUGGCGGCGGACGAGACGGAGAAGGUGCUUGUGAAGGAGGACCGGCCGACGAAGAAGGCGAAGAAGGCGGUGCCGGAGAGCAAUGACGACAAAUUGGACAAGGAGAUUGCGGAGCGCAAGGCGAAGUUGAAGAAGCAGAAGAAGGCGGCGGCGCGCAAGGUUGAGGCUUGA